UAGUUAGGUACAGAUGUUUAUCGACAGGUGAAGCAUAAUCCCUGAUAUGUAGCCUCGUUUUGCAUUUUAAUACAUGAAACAUUAGCAACGAUUGUUUUUUUUUUGUUUUCGUCUAUUCAAUUUAACUAUCACCUCUUACUAAUACUUGAAAACCUGAAAGAAUGGCAGAAAAACGUUUCGCGCUCCAUUGCUGCGCUGCCUUUGCAGCGAGAUUAGUUCUUGUCGCCUAUUCCAAUUUCCACGAUAAGAAUUUCAACGUCUCAUACACUGAUGUUGAUUAUAAGGUGUUUACCGAUGCAGCGAGACACAUCACCGAAGGUAAUUCGCCUUACGAUCGCGACACGUAUCGUUACACUCCAUUUAUCGCCAUGAUUUUGAUUCCCAAUGUUAUCAUCUGCCAGGAAUUUGGUAAAAUCGUUUUUUCCCUCUUUGAUAUACUGAUCAGUAUUCUGAUAAGGCAGAUACUGCUGGGACAAAAGUUUAACGAUAAAACAUCAAGCUUCUGCAGUUUCUUGUGGCUCUAUAAUCCUCUGGCGAUGGUAAUAUCGACACGGGGAAACGCGGACUCUUUAGCAGUGUUUUUUGUACUCUUGGUAGCGUACUAUUUGCAGAAGGAUAAUUAUUGGCUUGCGGGAAUCCUCCACGGAUUUUCUAUACAUCUUAGAUUGUAUCCCUUAGCUUUUAGCUUGGCGAUGUAUUUGGCAUUGAGAAAAUCUAACAGUCUAAUCAUUUUUCCAAACAAAAAGCAAGUCGCUUUAGUUCUGAGUUGCGUUUUAUCGCUUCUCACUUGGACGUCGUUGAGCUACUAUUUUUAUGGCUAUAAAUUCCUUUACGAAAGUUUUCUGUAUCACUUAAUUCGCAAAGAUGCUCGACACAAUUUCUCUGUGUAUUUUUACAUGCUUUAUCUUUCCGCCAACGAAGCUCCUGGCAUAUGGCAAAGAGUCUUCACAUUCUUACCCCAAUUAAUUCUACUAAUCGGUUUGUCCUUCUCGUAUUCCUCAAAACGGAAUCUUUCCUUUUCAAUGCUAACUCAAGCCAUUGUCAUGGUAACUUAUAAUCCUGUUAUGACGUCCCAAUAUUUCUUCUGGUUUUUAUCCCUUUUGCCAGUGUGCUUACCUCGCUUAAAAAUGAGCAUCUCAAGAUGUGUGAUCUUGGCCUCCGCAUGGAUCAUCGCGCAAAGUAUUUGGCUGUUCACUGCCUACUUGCUAGAGUUCAAAGGGUUCAAUUCUUUUAUCUACAUAUGGCUAGCCGGACUUUUAUUUUUUAUCGUUAAUAUCAAAGUUUUGAUCGACGUCAUGAAUAGUUACCAUUCGACUAUGGAUGAUGAAAAAAAUCAGUAGGAUUUUCAACCAAAAUAGUACGUACCUAAAACACAUCUUUCGUACGUUCCUUCAAAUGGUAGGAAGCAUAUCGUUCUUAUUUAUUUAGUUCGAUUAAUCAUUUGUAACUCGUCAUUUUCUUGAUGUUUCUUGAUUUUAUUCUUGCAGGAAUACAAAAUACUUAUUUACAGAUAGGUUUUUUUUUUUUUUUUUUUUUUUUUUUCUUGUAAAUUAAUUGCGAUAGAUUCUUAGUAGGAAUUUUAAGUAUAAUAGUAAUGGUAAUAUCAUUAUAGUAAAUCUAAAUUACUAGCCUAGAUUUAACCAUGAGCAAGGGCAUACCUUGGACCAUAAUCAGAAAUAUUAUUCAAAUAUCAAGUUAACGUUUUUCGCAGUUUUUCGUUCUCCAUCUAUUCCGAGAACAUAGUCUAGAUAAUUACAGAUCAUAG